AUGCAGCUUCUACAGUUUGGGAUGUUUACUGCGAUCUACAUCCUUGCAGUGGUGGGAAAUAGGAUCACACUGACACUGACCUGGCUGAAUUGCCAGCUCCACACUGUUAUAUACUUCUUGAGACACUUCUCAUUUGUAGACAUCUGCUACCUAUCCAGCAGUGUCCCUCAAAUGCUGGCCAACCUCUUGAAUCCCACGAGAAUUACUUCUUUUGAUGACUGUGUUUUUCAGAUAAACCUCUUUCUGGCCUUAGGCCUCACUGAAUUUGCUUUAUUAGUAGUCAUGGCAUAUGAUCAGUAUGUAGCAAUAUGUCAUCCACAGUCCUGCACACUGAUCACGAGCCAUAGAAUUUGCAAAGGGUCAGCUGCAGCAGCUCGGAUAUGUGUGUUUCUUCUUGCCAUGAUCCAUGGCAUUCAGACCUUGCAGAUGCCAUUCUGUGACCUAGAUGUGAUUAAGCACUUCUACUGUGAUAUCCUGGCACUAAAAUUCAUUUGUGCUGACACUCAGAUGAAAGAAAGCACUGUGUUUGUUAUUGGCAUUGUUGUUGUUCUUAGCACUUUUUGCUUGAUCCUGAUCUCCUACGUCGAAGUUGUUGGGGCCAUCUCAAAGAUUCACACUGCUGUGGAACAGCUCAAAGGAUUUUCAACCUAUGCCUCACACCUUACAGUGGUCUUACUGUUUCAUAACAGUGUCAUGAGACCUGGGUCUAGCUGUUCACAAGAUCAGCACAAGAUGGUCUCUCCUGCACAGAGUCAUCACCGCUUUGUUCAAUCCCAUCACUGUGAAAAUGGUACUUAA